AUGUUGCAACCUCAAAGAGAUUUCACCAAGAAACGUAAGGCAGAGAACUUGAAGAAGACGAUGCUGUUCGGCUCAUAUUAUUUGGCUAGAAGGCACCGGCUUUUGGCAGUCCUUUCACAAAAGCUAAGACCCCCCAAGAAACCAUUAUCGCCAUUUGCCAAAUUUCGUCAACUAGAUCGGCAAUAUAGUUCUUCUUUGCCGUCAAGUCCCAUAAAGUCGCCAGAAAAGGAGUUUCGUUUUAGAUUUACCGAACCUACUGUGACAAAUAACGCGGUACAAAUAAAGGAACGAUUGUUAGCUUGGUGCCGUUCUAAAACCAAAGAAUAUGAGGUAAACACGCAAUAUCCAGGUUUCACAUAUGUGCUGAAUAUACAACUUGAUAAUUUCUCGACCAGUUGGAACAAUGGUUUGGCGUUUUGUGCUCUGAUUCAUCAUUUUAGACCUAAUGCCUUCGAUUAUUAUUCGUUACGUCCGCAGGAUCGCAGGAAGAAUUUUGACCUGGCAUUCAAAACAGCUGAUGAAGCUGGUAUCGCACCAUUACUCGAUGUUGAGGACAUGGUGGCUAUGCGACGUCCGGAUUGGAAAUGCGUCUUCACUUACGUUCAAUCCUUUUAUCGUCGUUUCAAAGACGAGGAUUGA